UCUCUCUCUAAGUCUCUCUCAUUCUCUGUCAUACUCUCCAAGAGUGAGACGUUUUGUCCAUAAAAUGCUUUCCUUUCGCUAAGACAUUGUGUUCAUUGAGUGCAUCGGAUCUGAUUGAAAGUGAUGUCUGGCAAGCGUCUGAAGAACACGACUCACAAUGUGUUGAGUCGUGAAUACAAUGACAUAUUGUGUCAGAAGUAUAGCUCAGAUCUGGUGAGGAGUCGCUUCGAGUCCGCCGAAGACCUGUACCACAAAGAUCUGUACUCUCACUACGGAUGUGUGAACGCCAUCGAGUUCUCAGACAACGGCCAAUACAUGGUCUCAGGUGGUGACGACCGACGGAUACUCUUAUGGGACGUCCAGAAAGCCAUAUCAGGUGCGGGUCAGCCGCAGACCAUGAAAGGCGAGCACAACUCAAACAUCUUUUGCUUGGGUUUCGACUCCCGAUGUCAUCGACUCUUCAGCGCCGGAAACGACGAGUUGGUUAUGAUUCACGACUCAGUGACGGGUGAGACCGUGGAUGUGAUCCUUCACAACGAUGCCAUAUAUGGUCUGUCAGUGAAUCCAUUCGACGACAACAUCUUCGCGAGCGCUUGUGAUGACGGGAGGGUCUGUCUCUGGGAUCUCCGCAAAGAGACGGUUCGGGAGACGACUGUAUUGGCGCGCUAUUCGUCGGCCUUUCACGCGGUUAUGUAUAACCCGUUUGAGAGCAGACUUGUGGUGACGGCCAAUACGAAGGAAGGGAUCGCCGUCUGGGACGUCAGGAAACCUCUCUGUGUUCUCCAGCAAUACAACCCAUCGAUGCUGUCCUCCCAGAGCGCGAUGUCCGUCCGUUUCAACAAAACUGGAACUCUUAUACUCGGAUUGCGUCGACGUCUGCCUCCAGUCCUCUAUAACCUGAGGUCUUCGUAUCCGAUCGUAGAGUUCGAUGACUCGGGAUAUUAUAACUCGUGUACAAUGAAGAGCUGCUGCUUCGGCGGUGAUUCCGAUCAAUACAUACUCUCGGGAUCCGAUGACUUCAGACUCUAUAUGUGGAGAAUCCCUGAAGAGGUCUAUCAAAACGGAGAAUCAAAUUCUUCGGAGUGUUUUGUGGAGAAGGCGGACCUAGUGUUGAGUGGACACCGAUCUAUCGUGAAUCAGGUUCGCUAUAAUUACACGAAUUCUGUAAUCGCUUCUUCUGGUGUCGAAAAAGUGAUUAAACUCUGGAGUUCUUUCCCAUUGCCUGAGGGAAAGGGAGGGCUCCUUAAGAAGCCUACUUACAAAGAGCACCGACAGGUGUUCAGUCACGAGGACUACAUAAAUCUGGUGCUAGAGAGCGGACAGUUUGUGACUCACGACUACAGCCAUCAGUCAGUUCAAGAGGACCCGCGAAUGAUGGCCUUCUUUGACUCGUUAGUCCAGCGGGAUAUCGAGGGCUGGACUUCGGACUCAAGUAAUAGCAUUGACGGCGAAAGCAAUUUCUAUGAGCUCUGUUGGAAUACCGUUCACUCAGACGACUCCCACAGCUCUAACUCCAGUUCCCAUAACUCUGAUAACGAGGACUCCAUUGAAGGCUUAAACAGUCAUUACUAUAAAUAUUUGGAUAUAAUAUCGAAACGGAUUGAAGGGAACGAACAAAAGUCAGGCAAAAGGAGCGCUGAAUUAGACCCCGAAUUGGCGACCACUUCAACGGCCGGUUCGACGACAGAGUCGGUCACAACACAUCCCAAAGCAAUUCGGGAUCGACUCGUGAAUGAGAGCGAAGACAAGACUCGGGAGAAGAAGGGUUUGAAUCGCAUAUCAGAACUCAUAACUGAGAAGAAGAGGGAACAGCUGAAGAAAUUGAUUAGAGUUGCCGUUCGGAUGACCAGAAAGAAGUUGAAGCGCUUCCAGAAGCGGUCGGACACUAAAGGCAAAUACGAUGUGACGGCCAAUAGUGAGGCCGACAAACAACGGUUGGAGGACUUGAAGCAGAAAUUGGAUUAUUUGGCGCAACGCGUCAACUGUCAGACCACUACCAGUGACUCGAAGGCCGACAAACAGGCGUUCAAUAGUCACCGCAAUUACAGAAGACUUCGUUUGCUGACGAAUCAAAGCGAUUUAGUGUUCAAUGAAGUGCUUCCUGUCGUGUCGUCUUCUUCGAGCUCAGACUCGGAUGACUCGGUUGUGUCCGGAGAAGAGCUCUAUAACGCCAUCUCCACCGAAAUGAGUCGAAUGCGGAGUAUUAUGAGCGCCGACACCGACUCGAGUGAUAGUAGCAGUAGUAGUAGUGUUAGUCUCAUCCAAACCAAUGCCACCAACGCGUCGACUGCGGCUAAUAAUAAACACAAACACAGCUCCAGUAGUAGUGAUGAGGAGACCAACGACAAGGAGACCGACAAACAGACAAUCAGUGAAAGCAAACACAACAACAGGAGUCGACUCAGCUUUUUGUCCUCUUAUGCGGACAAUGAUAGUGAUAGUGACGACGAGGGCUCGACCACCGGUAUUCUGGAGCCGGUUAUCCAUUGCCCCUAUAAACACAACUUAUGUCACGCGACCACAUCUACCGGCGCUAAGUCUGAUAAGUCUGACGCCAUGAGGAAGUCGUCAAUAUUCAAGCCUAUCGACAGCGCUCUCAUUCAUCGCACUUACCGGAAGCGCCAGAAGAGUGGAACCGUUAGUCGAGACAAAAGCGACGACAAGAAGAGCACUAAUAAUGAUGAUAAUAAUGAUUCCCAAAAUGCAAACAAUAAUAACAAAAGUGAUACAAAUAAUGAAACAAAAAGUAAUACAAAUCAUGAAUUAAGUGACAAAUAA